GUCCCCGCAAGAACCCUGGAACUUCCCCUCUGCCGUGUCUCCAUUCUCGUCCUCAAUCUCAACCUUUUUCUUCAUUUCUCCCUUUAUAAUGCCGAUUUUCCCUUCUCUAUCCCUUCCAUCUCUCAACCUUUAGAAUCCUAACUACGAAUAUCACAAACCCUAGAAGAACUAAUCAUACAAUCAAAUCUAAUCUAUCAACCACCUCAAAUUUGCAAGAUAUUUUUUUCAACCGCUUAUUUCAGUUGGGGCAAAAGAUCCGAUGGAGUAGGUAUUGUUUGGAGAUGGAUUUUUAUGAUCGGGUUGCUGGGGAGCUUGAAAAUAUAGAUGAGUACUCAGGCUAUGAGGGGACAUACCACAAGAGGUUAUCAUCGUAGGAAAUCAUUAGACUUGGACCUGAACAGCAUGCCACCAACUGAGAACCGAGAUCAAGGAGAAACAUCUCAACUGCGGCUUCAGGAUGCACAGGUUAAUCAACAACAGCCCGUACAACCUGCAAUGAUUGACAUUGAGGCCAUUGAUGAUGAUGUCAUUGAAUCAUCUGCCAGAGCUUUUGCUGAAGCUAAAAAUAAAUCCAGACGAAAUGCUAGGAAGAAUGUAGUUGACGUGGAUGCAGAAGAGCGGAGCAGGGUGUCAAAUAAUAACCGGAGCAAGCGUAGGAGAGAUGUGUCUAAUCGACCAUCUGUAAAUUCAGAUUUAUUAAUCAAUUUGGAAGCGAGCAACAGUUCUAUGAAAGUGAAGCCUGCUCCACCGAAGGAGCCCAAAUUCAGUUGUCCAAUAUGCAUGGGUCCGUUAGUAGAAGAAACAUCAACAAGGUGUGGUCAUAUUUUCUGUAAGGCAUGCAUCAGGGCUGCAAUAGGCGUUCAGAGUAAAUGCCCAACAUGUAGGAAGAGAGUAACUGCCAAAGAACUGAUUAGAGUAUUCCUUCCUGGGACAAGCUUGGAGUGAGGCUUACGUCUCACGCCAGAUUUUUUUUAAGACUUCGAAAGGAAACGGUUGAAGUUCUUUUGUAAGUAAGAAAAAAGCUAAUUUUUAGAUGGAAAUUUCCAGUGUAUUCUGCUGAUUGCCACUGCAUUUUGAUGAUCUCAGAGUUGCAUUAGGAAGAAAUGCAGGAAAUUCUAAUAUCCUUUAAUUGUUUUUUGUUGUCAACUUUGAUGGUUUUAUGAAGUUGUAAACAAACUGACAAUGAAAUCCAGCAGUAAUGCAAUGAGUUCACAUAAUUAUUGAAGUAGAAAGUUGCUUUUGUUGGUUGA